AUGGAUCCCGCUGUGCAGCGUCUGCUUAACGACAAGCUCUAUGACAAAAGGAAGCAAGGUGCUCUUGACCUAGAAAGGAUCGUUCGAGAAGCAAGUGCAAACAAGGAGUACGAGAGAAUUGGCAAGAUUGUUGAGCAGCUCUGCCAUGACUAUGCCUAUGCAGUCCAUCAGCCGCACGCCAGGAAUGGGGGAUUGAUUGGCCUUGCUGCAGCUUCAAUCGCACUAGGCUCUGACGAUGUUGCUCGCUACCUCAAGUCGAUUGUUCCGCCAGUCCUCGCCUGUUUCACCGACCAAGAUGCGAGGGUCCGAUACUACGCGUGUGAGAGCAUGUACAAUAUUGCUAAGGUUGCAAAAGGAGAAAUACUACUAUUCUUCAACGAUGUUUUUGAUGCCCUUUGUAAGCUUGCUGCGGACUCGGAAUUGUCUGUGAAAAACGGUGCGGAAUUGCUUGAUCGGCUGGUCAAAGAUAUAGUCUCUGAAUCUGCCUCGACCUACGUCUCUGUCUUACAAUCUCCCGAUGAAGCCGUCUCAAGUCCUCGCCCAAGCAAGGAUUCUGAUAAGGCCUCAUCCCUUGACCUUCUUACGGCCUUCUCACUCGCCAAAUUCAUACCACUGCUACAAGAGCGCAUUCACGUCAUCAAUCCGUUCACUCGUACUUUUCUAGUAUCAUGGGUCACUCUACUGGAUACCAUCCCAGAUCUGGAGCUUGUCCAUUAUCUACCAGCGUUUCUAGGAGGCUUGUUCCAGUUCCUCAGCGACCCCAACAGAGAUGUACAUGUUGCAACACAAGGAACGCUCGAAAGGUUUUUGAACGAAAUAAAGAAGAUCGCUAGAAUCAAACGAGGAAUAGCUGAAAGCCGAAAGGGAGACAGUGAUGACCAGGCUAAACAAUCCAACUCAAGUGAUAGUGCUAGUAUACGCACUGACAGGAGUACACCUAAUGAGAAGUCGGAUAUCGUGGAUGGUGACUUUGGGGGAGGCCAGGAUGAGAAAAGUGGUCACGAAGAUGGCGACUGGGUACCGGGGCAAGAUGUCCAAGUUGAUCAUUCUAAGAUCUUAGAGAUUCUCGUGGCUUUUCUGGACUCUUCAUCAGAAGAAGAAAUACAGCUUACCGCUCUACGCUGGAUCGACAGCUUUUUCGAGAUAAAUCCAGAGGACAUCCUAGCAUUUGUUCCUCGACUUCUUUCGCAGGUGCUACCUGCAAUGGCUAGUGGGGCGGACCUCGUGCGACAAGCUGCGAAUCGAGUAAACAAUUCCUUGAUGGAUCAUAUUGCGUCUUUACCGGAUGAGGGUAUCCCAGAAGAGGCUCGGCCACUACCACCAUCUCGUAUUCCGACUGGCGUUAUGAAGGACCCAACAACCACCAUAAAAGAAGCCGCUAAGGAAGCCGACAAUAAAACGAGGCGUGCUUCGACGCCAACGCCGAAACUACCACAGGGGGUUGAAGGAGAAGCUGAGGCCAAGAAGGAUGAAGAGGCAACAGUGUCAACGCCUCCAACAUCUACAUCACCUCCACCACCAAGACCGGUCACUGACCUUGACUAUACAGCCGCCGUGGGUGCUCUCACAUUGCACUUCCUGAACGAACACGAAGCCACUAGGGUUGCUGCUUUGGCUUGGCUGAUCAUGCUACAUCGGAGGGCUCCUCGCAAGGUUCUCGCCACCAAUGACGGCACGUUCCCAGCUCUCCUGAAGACAUUGUCAGAUCCUGCAGAAGCUGUUGUCACCCGCGACUUACAACUGCUGUCUCAGAUAUCAAAGAAUAGCGAAGAUGGCUACUUCACAUCCUUCAUGGUCAACCUCCUGCAGCUUUUCUGCACUGACAGAAGACUUCUUGAGACAAGAGGCAACCUGAUAAUUCGCCAACUAUGCGUGAGCUUGAGCGCAGAAAGGAUAUAUCGGACUUUGGCCGACUGUUUAGAGAAGGAUGAGGACGUCGAGUUUGCAAGUAUCAUGGUUCAGAAUCUCAAUAACAACCUUAUCACGGCGCCAGAGCUGGCCGAACUGCGGAAGAGAUUGCGGAUUCUUGAGACGAAAGAUGGACAAGUCUUCUUCGUCGCUUUGUUCAGGUCUUGGUGCCACAAUGCGGUAGCGACCUUCUCGCUAUGUUUACUUGCACAAGCAUAUGAGCAGGCUUACAAUUUACUCCAGAUCUUUGCGGAGUUGGAGAUGACUGUCAAUAUGCUUAUCCAGAUCGACAAGUUGGUGCAGCUGCUCGAGUCGCCCGUUUUUACGUACCUCCGUCUACAGCUCCUAGAACCAGAAAGGUACCCGCAUCUUUACAAGUGUCUCUACGGGCUACUCAUGCUACUCCCUCAAUCCUCUGCAUUCGCAGCGCUGAAGAAUCGCUUGAAUAGCGUUAGCGCUAUAGGCUACCUUCACAUCGCGCCACGCACCGCUCCUCAAACGCCCGGCGCAACCUUCGACCGCCCAAACAGACUCAAGCCCAGAGAAGAAGCCGCCAUCAGGUGGACUGAAUUGCUUGAAAAGUUUAGAAGCGUGCAGGAGAAGGCUAGGAGAGCGCAUCGACUGCAAAACCAGGUAGAGGAUGGCACAUCCGCUAAUAAUACUACGGUUGCAGAAGUCAAGGACAAGACACUGCCUGAUGUACCAAAGCAGGCGUUAAGACCGUCCAGUGCAGGAACUGCUUCGCAGAGACCUGCACCUCCCAGUGGUCCUUUGCACAAGCCGAAGUCGAGUCUGGGGAACCUUGGGAGGUUUGCUGGUGGAGUCGCGGGAAGGAAAGGCAAGAAGUGA